AUGCUGAAGAGACAGGAAAGUUCACACUCGUCGUCUCGCAGGGAGACCCCAGUGACACCGCCGCCGCCGGAAAGCCACCAUGCAAAAGCCAUUGGUUGCAUGUCCGGCAUUAUUCAUUUCAUUUCCAAGUACCAAAAUCGGAACAAGCUCCUUACUUUUGGUAGAAGACAACAAGAAAAAGUUCCAUUGUCAACUCCAAGAAAUGCCAAAGCAUCAGUUCCUACAAAAGCUUCUCCAUCUACUGUCAAAGAAAACAAAAAAUUACACACUGAAACCCAAAUUCUUGAUUCAAAGGGAUUAUCAAACAAUACUAUACCAAGAAGUCCAACACUUCCACCAGAGAUCCGGCGAUCAAAUUCUGGAAACUCUUCAGAAAAUCGGAAAACACCAUCUUUGGUGGCGCGGCUGAUGGGAUUGGAGGAAAUUUUGGUAAAAAAACCUGCAUUACACGAAGAUCCCAUUGCAGUGAAUAGAAAAAAGAUACUGCAAGCCCUGGACAAAUGCAACGAGGAUUUGGAAGCGCUAAAGAAGAUAAUUAGGAGGGUGCAAUCUUCUGGUAAGCGUCUUCGGCCGCCACAGGAGUCUACGAAGGGGGUAGGUGGUGGUGGAAAUGAAUGUUCUACAGACGUGAAAACUGAGGAGCUGAGUCCGGUCUGCGUGCUAGACGAGUUCACUCGUUCACCUUUGAGUAGCUUCUCCAAAGUACAAAAUGAUGGGAUAGUAUGGACUCCACAUCAACGAAAACCCUGCUCAGCUAAGAAGCCCGGAGAAGACGAUCUUACAAUUGUGUAUCGAUCUUUAUUUCAAAUAAGAAGAGAGGCCACAGUGUCACCUGGAUGGAUCAACAGGGCUAAGUCACAAAGUGUCGAUGAAGUUUGUAGGGACAUUGCAUGGGGCGAAAAUAGAGAGGUUGGGAGAAUAGGAUUAGUUUUGGAAGAUUACAUAUGCAGAGAUUUGAUUGAAGAGUUUGUUAAAGAGUUGAUGAAAUGUUGUUGCAUGUAUCCACUCCCCUUUGAGGCUUGUAGGAGAAGGCUUUUAUUCUAG